UAGUAUACACAAAAAAGAAGAGAAUCGAUACUAAUAUAUUAUAUAUAUAUACAUAUUUAUUAUUUUCUACAGAAAGCGCUCUACAAAAGCUAAAUGUAUAUUUAUCUCUAUGUAUAAUAAUUAACCGUGUACUUUGUUUUGGCUCAUUAAAGAGCAAUUAUGUAUUUUAUUCAAUAAUUGAAUUCUAUAUACAAUAGUUGAUACAACUCAACGCGCGAAAGGUGCUGCAAAAUUCUCAGUGUAAUUUGAGUUUCGUGUGUAACGUCGCGAAUUUUACGUGCACACAUUAAAUGUUAUUGCAAAAACAAAUUUUAACGUGAAAAUACGAAAGAUCUUGCACAAAUUCUGCUGUACGUGUAAUUGAUCCUUUGAAUUAAACUCGAAAUGAUUUCACGUUUGUGUUCAAGAGAAAAUCCCACUUCUGUCAUCAGAAAAGAAAAACAAAAAAAAGUAAAUUUGUUGUCCAAAGACAUCUUCUACUAUAUUGCAUUAAUUGUACACACAUUUCUGUAUAAUGGACUGUACAUUUUACUGCACAAUAAAAUUUGUGAUUGAUUGCUGCGAGAAAUGAUUUUCGUGGUUUCUUGCUUGUUUCUUUUCCAAAAAUCCAAAAACUUGUCGAAAUAAUUUAAAAUAUCUAGUGUAAAAUUUGUUUGUGUAAAAAAAUCUGCGUUGUCGACAAUUAAAAGGCCGUCGAAAUACGUAACAAAACCUGAAACAAAGAAAAAGAAAUUGAGUUUGCGGUAACUUGACGCAUUAUUUAACCAUCAAUUACUCUCGUAAUUGACUUUCAUAUAGUGGCUUUGAAUAAUAUCACGAUACUUAUACGCACAUUUUAAGCAACAAAAGGAGAGCUGCGUUUUACACCGCAGACAAAGAAUACAUGGUUCCGCUGAAUAAUUUAUGGGCGUAUUCUAUUUUGAAACUAAAACCCAGUCCUCAAUAAAAAAUGAUUUAUAAUAAAAUUUUAUUUUUAACAAUGUAAUCGUCUCAAGCGAGACGUUUAUUACGGAGAAACAUCUUUACUGAUAAUCAAAAAUGCGAGAUUAUUGCGUUAAUCGUUAAAUUGUUACAAAUUUGCGUUAUAAAAAAAAGAAAAAAAAAAACGCCGAUUCAUGUUCAAAUUUCUUUUGAAAACAGCUGUUCGAGCGGCGAUCUCGAAACGAGUUUCAAAAAACAGCGCGAAACAUCAAAAAUCGACCAAUUAUACCGCGUUAUAAUGCAAAUAAUAUGGCAUGUUAUCCACAUCCGUCACGUUGUUAAGGUGACUGGUUGCCCCUCAUUUGCACAGUGUGAGCGCAUGCGGCGUAUGUGUCGCGACGACACACAGCUUCGUUCUCCGCGUUCCCGUUGUGUGUUGGCCAUCACUCCGGCGAUUUUUCCAUUAUUUACACAGCAGCACUGAGGGCCUUCGUGUUCAGUUCUGUGCGCGCGUAAUCUCUGGUGCGUGGUGUUAAAUCGAACCGCGGUAAUCGCGUAAAUACAAACGGGAAGAGACAAAUUGCGUCACACGCGAAAAGUGCGAGAGCAUUUCGCGCUUAUUUGACACGAACAGGAUGCCGCAGGAUCCCGUGUGUUGGUAAUAAGAAGGAAGAUCGAUUCCCCGCGAUCUUUCUCUCUCUCUCUCUCUCUCGUUCUCUCUCUCUCCUCUCCGCGCGAAAGUGCCUUCUCAAUCGCGCGAUCUUCCCCGACGUCGUUUUUCAUCGCGUCGCACACACACACACACACGCCAUAAUAAAAACUCGAACGGAAUAGUGAGUGGUGUGGGUACGUACGUGCGCAGCACAAGGGAGGACCGUGAGAGACUCUUGAUUGCGAUUCUAACGAGAUCUUACGAGAUCGGAGCAAACAAACGACGAACACGAGAGAAAGCUCACGAGAGGUGCAACGAAACACCGUGCUUGCCGUGCUCGUCUCUUACUACGGAGUUUUUUAACAGAAUUUGGACUGUGCAUCUCACCUCGAGAAGUUUGAAAGAACGACUGUUCUGAUUUUUGUUUUUAAUUCGUUACUUAUAUACGUUGUCAAAUCGGAACAUCGGGAUCGAACUCGUUUCCGGAGGCCGACCAUUUGACCAUUUGAGGAAUUGAGUCGAACGCGUACGGCGUACCAGUUGGUGCGAAGGGACGACCGAGAAUUUUAUUGACAUUUAACGCCCUGGAAACACUGCGACGAUCGUUCGAACAAACAUCGGAAGAAAGAAUCGGGGAUCGCUCUCGAAGCAAAGCUUUUGCGAAGAAGAGAUAUUUUAGUUAAUUCCGAAAAGAGGGAACGUGAGUGACGUGCCGUGAAGGUUAGAACGCCCGUCAUUUGGAAGAAACGUUUUUAUCGUGCGAAAAGGAGAAAGGGAUCGAUAUGGUGACACGCGCGAAGAUAACGUGCUAAUUUUUGAUACUUGUUCUUCUCGCGAAUUUGCCGUGAUGAAAACUUUAACUUAACGAAGCGUGCGGUUCGCGAAGGAGAUGCGCGACGUUGUCUCAACGUUGAUUCGUCAAAAAAUCGUAUGGUGUCAGUUUGUAUAGCAAGUGGUUUCGUUUAGUUUGUCAAUAAGACGACGACGAGUCUGAGUCUCAACAGAGAGUGUGAUGAGUUAUAACGGCAAUAACAACAACAACAGCUUUCCUCGUAAGAGAGGCUUCGGUCCGAGAGGCGCGCACGGGAAAGGCAUCUUCAGGUCCCGGUUCUUGCAUCCGCCUCUGCGACACGUAGCGCCGCCACUGAGACAUGGACAGCCCAGGCCAUUGGGCUGGAAAUUGAAUAAUGUAUUUUAUCCGCCCUUUCGUGGAAAUCCAAAGUUCAGACCGCACAAUGGACGUGGAAGGGGCAUCGGUAAUAUCCGAUUUCCUCCUCCCCAUCGAUUGCCCGUGCCUCCGAACUAUAUGUUCGAGGACGACAUUAUACUGGAUGAUAACGAGGAAACUCACGUUAAUUCUACGCCCUUACUGCCCUUACCCGGUUCUGAGGAAGAACGACAGUUGAAGAUAACCGAAGCCGCGGAUCGUUUGAAGCAAAAGUUAUCUUUUAGCAAGGACAAGGAACAUAAUAUUCAUAACGAGGAUGAUGUGCCUGAUCCUUUGGAAGAUGAUUGUUUAAGAAACAACCAAACUGACUUUGACGUGACGUGCAAUGAUCUGAAAGAUGAGAGAAACAUAAAUCCUGAUAAUUUGAGGCCUGAUAUUAUACAACAUCAUGAAGCGGAAUCUGAGGAAUUUGCUGACUGCAGAAGAAACGACGUGAUAUUAAAUGAGAACGAACAUGGAUCUCAGUUGGAAGAGACCAAUGAUCAAGUGAGAAAUUUGGAUGAUUUCUCCGGGUACGAAGUAAUUGACAGAUGGGAUUGUGACGAGUCAGUAGAUAAUUCUUGUAAUUUAGAGCAAUCGACGCUGUACCAAGAGAGUAACAUAGUCGAGAGUAGGUCGUUAGAUUUAAAUCUUCAAUGUCAGUACGACGAAUCUUUGACCGACAAUGUGCAAGAUCAGUGCGGACAACAGCAGGAUAUUCCUCAAGAUGUCUCUCAUGAAGUACCCCAGGAUAUACUUCAGGACAUCCCUCAGGAUGUUUCUCAUGAUAUUCCUCAAGAUAUUCAUUGUCAAGAUGUUUUUUGUCAGAACAUUAGUCAGGACACCUUUCAGAAUGUCUCUGAAGAGAAUGAAGUCAAUCCAACGGAUGUCGUGAUAGAACAACAAAGUGAAUCUGAAACACCAAUUGUGCAGGAGGUUUCUUUUUUACCUAAUCCAAUAGAUCAGAUUAUUUUGCAGGACGAACAGGAGCCCGUUUUGAAUCCGGAGAAUCGAGAAGACGCUUUGAAUUGUUGUGUCUACCCAGAAAAAUCUGACUGCAAUGAUGAUUGCACAUUGGAGGAUUGUACGUUGCCGGAAUCUGUGCAAGUUGAAAUUUCCGUGUUAAACGACGUCACGUCGUUAGACAAUCAAUCGUCAGGAAUACAUGACAAUUCCUUCCACAGUGGACCACCGAACUUGUCUCCACCGGUAGACACCACCGAGCUGGAACUGCCUGCCGAUUUUGAUCCGACUACUCCGCCGCCGAUACUUCUGAAGCAGGAUCAGCCGCGCGCUUUGCCACUGCCUCUCGAUUUACCGCCGUUGUUCAAUCCUGCGGAACCGCCGCCAAACAUGAGACAUCUGAUCGGACCAACGACCUCGCCUUGCGAGAACAUGAAUCAUCCGUGGAACAUUAAUAAUCAAAAUCCGAUACCUUACAAUGCGGAAUUAAAUGUACACGUGGGAUUCACGUCUCCGAUGUCUUUUGAAAUGACUAGUCCGAACAACGUUUAUCUGUCGCCUAUUGUUGGCGCGAACAACUUUUCCUCGUUUGUUCCUAUGAUGCCGAACAAUCAUCCGGUUAUCAACGCGAAUAUUCCGCCUGUAAUGCAACCAAGCAGUCAUCCGGCCAUCAACACGAAUAUUCCAUCUCAUAUGCAAAUAGAAAUUCCAAAUGCAGCUCCUCAGCUGCAAGUGGUUCCAUUUGCGCAAUUAACGGAACCUUCUGUUCCCCCGCCACCUCCCGAGGACAGCAAAGACGACGGACUUAACGACAUGGAGGAAGCUAUGAAGUUCGCGGAACAAAUGACGAGUUUAACGGCGAGCAAACCGGAACAGUCGGAAUCCAGCUCUCUUAUCGAAAACAGUUCUGUCAACAUUAUUAGCAACAUAGAGACCAUAGAGUUGCCCCCAGAAAAACCGAAGACCAAGUCGAAGAAGCUCAAAAGAAAAACAACAGACGACACCAAGGUACCUGAAGAAAAAACACCAUCGAAGCAUUUGCCGUCGGUAGAAACUACAACGCCAGAUGCGACCGAGAGAUCCAAAGACUCGUCGCUGAUACCUGACGACCAUCGACCUAAAGUAGUGUUUAACUUAAAUAAUACAUCAAAACUGGUACGGUCUACGAUCACGCGUCAACAAGAGAGCGUCAACGAGACAGCGAAUAACAAAAAGAGUUCGAUACAAUCCGUGGAAUCGAAGAGAACGACGCAAGCGAGACCCUCGGUAAGUGACAGAAACUUGGAAAAUACGAGACAAAAUAAGGAAUCGAAUAGAAAUUCGAAGAGACAGGAAAACAAACCGGAUGGUAGCAAAGCGACCGCGAAUCCGAAUGUCGUGUCACGGAAGAAAAAGCAAGAAAACUCCGAUUAUGCGGAAAAAUCAUCUGGCGUCGCGAGCGUCGGUUCGUUGAAGAGUCGCGUGGCGGAGCAACAAGACGAGAGCAACAAAAGCGCGAUCUCGGACACCACUUGGAAGGACAAGGUCAUCAACCGACUGUUGAAGAUGAGCACAAACGAGAUCUACAACUUGGUGAAUAAUACUAGUCUCAGAAAGUUCAAUCUCGUGAUGAAGCGUCUAGUCAAAGAGAAGAAGUCCACGUUGUCGCUUGAGAAGAGACACGAGCAGGACGAGAAGAUGAAGAUGUACGAUCGGCAGGAGUUUAUCAAGCAUCUGAACGCGAUGCUGGACACCGACGCCGUCGUGUCCAUUACGGAUUUGCCCACGGAGUUCAUACAGCACCUGAACGAAGCGUUGCAAAUGAACGUGCAGACGAACUUUCAAGCGGAAUCCGCCGCGUCGGCGGCGACGGCGGCGGCGGCGGCGGCGGCGGCGGCGGUCGCCGCUACGAGCGGUCAAAGUAGUCAUUCGGACGCUGCGAAUUAUGUCUCUAAUCCCACGACGCAAGUCGCGGAAUACGCAAAUAGAACAGCGCUGUCGGUCAACGAUGUUGGUCAAGAAUGCGCGAGAACUAAGAGCGACGCGAAAACGAGAUAUGCCGCCAGGGGCGCGAAGACGCGCAAUUGUAAAAGUAAUAACUCCAAUUUACGAACCGACACGCCUCCUAAUUCCUCCUCUGGCGCGCGGACUCUGCAUGCUAUUAAAAGUAACGACGUUUCCGCGAGAACUGAUGUCGCAGCCGCGCGGGUGCAAGAUGUUGUUAUUAGAAAUAACGUUAAUCCGCAACAUCAAAAUGACACGUCGAGCAUUGUCGCGUCUUCUUCCGAUUCGAUUUGCAACAAUUUAUUGAGUCUGCAGCAUGAUGUGGAUGAUAUAUUUUCAGAAGUGACCAAGAAGUAUCAGCAGCCCGCGGAUAAGAAGAAACGCGCGCGCUGCAGCACGUCCGACGACGGGACGGUUUUCGCUCGAGCCCAAGACAAUUUCGAUCAGAGUUUGACGCGCAAUACGGAAAAUUGCAUACGCUGGCUCGAGGGUUGUGACAGAUGGAAGAAAAAAGAACGGGAGGAACCGCGCUACAGAAAUCUCACGAGGGAGGAGUGGUUGGCGAAAUAUGGGACUCAGGCCAAUCCGACGUCUCCAGUUACGACAACGUUGACGACAACAACAACAUUACCUACGACAACGUUGCCUACGACAGCCCAGGACACUGCCAGAUUCGCGCACUUGUCAAAACAACAAACGAAAAAAUAUCCUCUUCAACGUCGCUACUCGUCGGAAUCGUUAAGAUUCAACGCGAGACAGAGCCGUUCCCUAGAACGUGACCAACAGACGCAACCGAGACGUCACAGUGAUGAAAGAAGACACGUUGCGAGAUGCUCGGAAAACGAUCGCGACAGCAGCAGCAGCAGUAACAGCACAAGCGACAGCGGGAACAGCAACGACAAUAAUAAUACGAACGUUACGAAAUUGUUGCGGGUUAUAAAAGAGAAUGAGAAGGUCGCCAAAAAGAGGUCGCUGAACGAGCAGAUGAGAGACGAGAUAAACGCCGAGAUCGAGCAGGAGCGCAAGAGAAAAGCGAAGAGAUCGCGAAAGAAGAACAGUAAACACAAACGUGAGAAGAGGUUGCGUCACAAGAAGAAGAAGAGCAAGAAAGCGAAGAGCUUUACCAACUCUUCGGGAUCGGACGAGGAGGAGAGCGAGGAGGAAACGCCGACGCGAUUGCUGACGGCGGACGAGAUCAAGAAGGAGGUGGACGAUCAGCAGGUCGCUCAGCAGGUGAUGAUCAAGGAGGAGGUCGAUAUCGGUCAGGACGAGAAUAUCGAAACGACGUUCGCGAACGCGAUUGGCAGCGCGAUCCCGAUGGAGAAUAGACCGAGUACGUGUUUGUCGUCCCGCGGUGGCAGAUUGAACUCCCCCGCCACGCGUGAAAAUCCAGCGGCGACUAUAAAUACCGUACAAUUACUUGUCGCCGAAGAUAGACGACUGCAAACGACGCCAGCUUCGCCGACGACGAAGACGAAGGCGCAGCUUAAACAAAUGCCAGAGACAACUCACAGAAAUGAAGGCAAGAUACGUCCGAACGUGUUCACCAGCGUGCCGCGGGACACGAUAAGUGCGGCGAAUCUGGCGGCAAAUCUGGAGAAACCCUGUCCAACUGCGACGGUGCCCGUUCGCGACGACAAUAAGAUCGUCGACGUCCCGUCAACGUCGAUCGCCAAUUCCGGAUUCGGUCGAAAUCCCGACGUGACGAUCGACAACAACGCGCAGGAAUCCGCUCGAAAUGCGACAGCAAAAUUAUUACCCGAUGACGUGCGCGCUUCCGACCGUCGCGAUGAGAAACGCGAACGAGCGUCGAGUGAAUCGUCCGCGGCCGCUAUCAACACCGAGGCCGAUAACAAGAUAUGCGAACCAACUAUCUCACUAUCUGUUGCUGACGUUGCGUCGAGCGCGGAAGAGCCGACGAUGAUAUCGAUGGACGUGUCGGCGGACACGGCGAGUCAAAAGUCGAGCAAGAAGAUCGAUCUGAAAACGUAUUACGAGCGCACGAUACGACGUCGCAUAAGCGAGCAGAGCAAGAAGAGAAACGUGAAAAACGAGUCGAUCGAUGAAAAUCCGGACGUCGAAACGGAAACGAGCGAGUUGUCCGCGGCGACAGUUCCGCAACGCGACAAUUCGUCAAAAUCGAAACGAUCGUCGGAAACGAAAGCUGCUCCAACGACGAGAAAAAAAUCGAAAAGUCCGGCCGAUGCCAAAAAAUUCAUCAACAUUCGAUCGGAAGGGAGCAAAGAGUUGAGAUUAAAAAGAUUAUCGAAUCCGAUCAAGAAGGGGAAAAGAAAGACCGCGUCGAAAUGCGCGACUAAUCCCGUCUCGACGGAUAUUAAUAAUUCGUCUUUGCAAGAAACAACAGAAACAAUCGGAGAUACGACAAAGACGGAAGAUAAAAUGGAAGAGAAAACGAUUGAUGAAAAAGAAAUCGAUAAUAUUGAUUGUCACGGUAAUCACAUUGAUAGUGCGAACAACAAUGCCAACAGCAAUGUUGAUAAGGCGGUCGAGGUGCAGGCGAGUAACAACGAUGGCGGUGCCGCGAUAAACGAAUUGUCAACAAAUUGUUUGGAAAAAAUUAUCGACAAUAUUGACGAUCGCAAAUUAUUAUCGCGCGAUUUGGACGAUAAGCCGGAAGAAUGCUCGGCGACGAACAAAGAGAAGGAUGUGGUCGAACAAAGAAACGUCGACGAUGCAGAUAAUGUAAAAAAUAAUAGCGAGCAACCGUUGGUCGAAACGGCGACGCGGGAGAGCGUUGAGGAGACGACGUGCGCGGGAAACGACGCGGAUCAACGACGCGCGGCAAGUGGUUGCGAAGUCAUCGCGGAUGGGGAAACUCGGAAAGACGAGGACGACGCGUCGACGACGACGGCGACGACGACAACGACGACGACGACGACGACGGCGGCGGCGACGGCGACGGAAUCCAACGUUGUCGUUGACGACGAGAGCAAACCUUUGCAAAAGAAUCCUCGAAAAUUGAAGAGAAAAAAUUUGAUUCCGUCGAGUCAAGCUCAGAUUGAAAAAUCGAAUAAUCAUCAAUCAGACACAACGGAAAAUAAAAACGCGACCCCUCGAUCGACCCGCGAUAUCGAUUCGCAGAACAAAGAGAACCGGGAAUUGAUAAGCGCUUCUGCGACGAGCAAUAUCAACAACAAGGAGGUCAACAAUGCGAAACCGAUGAUUUCGAAGGACGUCGCGACGUGCAACAAGCCCGCGAGUAAAAACGAUAAUAAUUCGUUGGUGAAGAAAGCCAUCAAGAUGUCGAGCGAAAAUGUUAAUCACGAGCAUCAGGGCGCGGCGACGAGCGCGGAUAAUAACCCUGAGGUCUUGUCACCGGAGAGUUUGGCGAGCAACCCGUUCAAAGGUUUUCUCCAGGAGCCCGUGAUGGAUUUCGAGCAAUCCGGUUUGUUCAAUUUCAGUCUGAACGAGAUCGACACCGAUAAGAGCAAACUGUUUUUGCACGACAACAGUAUAAAUUCUAUCGUUACGCAAACCGUGAAUUCCACGAUGAUGAAACUGGAGCGACCGCGGGAAAAUUACGACGACGAGAUACCGACGGAUUACACGGAAGAUGUGGAUAUUGGCACCGGUGAGAAUUUUAAUAUCGGUUUCAGCAGCGACACUUUACUCGCCGCGGAUAAGGAGUGCGCGACAAGCGACGAGAAACCCGACGCUCUUACGGAUGCUGACGAGUGCGGCGAAGUGGUGGCCGCGAUAAAGUCACCGAGCGAGAUAGUCGGAACCGCGUCGUUGCACGUUGACGAGAACAACGACGCGAACAGCAGCGAGACGGACAAGCAGCUAACGCUCAAAGAUUGUUUGUCGACCGCGUCUAUGUUCGUCAACGAGGACAACGACGAGGAAUUGUCGAUUCGGGACGCUAGUCGUAUAAAAAAUCUCAAGAGCAAACUCAAGACCGCGACGGAUCCGAGUCUGUCCGACGCGUUGGACACCGCCGCGGUUUCGGACGACAAUCUGAGAUUGACGGAGACGACUCAUCAGGUCGCCGAUCAUCUAAACAAUCCAAUGUAUCUCGAGACGGACGCGUCUUCCGAGAAAACUUGCGACAAACUGCCGGAUUUCGAUUCCGACGCGCAGCUCGACAACAUGUUUUAUCUGGACGAGCGUCUGCCGAGCGCGACCGAGUUCGACAACAAGGACGACGCGUCCUUUCCGGUCAAUCCGCCGAGCCCCCCUCAGUACGGUCUCGUCCCGGCUGUUAUCCCGCCGGAAAUGACGACAAUUACAUCAUGCGGAGGAAUGUUAUCGCCUGACGAGGUGCGUAAGACCGAGCGUUACAACCUGAAACCGGCCGAUAACGAUUUAAUGAUCGGCGCGCCGGCGGCGGGUCAUUCCCCGGCCGGAGCCGAGGAGACGAGAACGUCGUCGGUCAUUCCGACGAAAGCCGCUCUGAAAGAGGUUGUUGCGACCAACGACUUUGCGCGAUUGCCGACCAACCUAUCGGCGGAGAGAGCGGCGCUCGAAAUGUUCGAAAAGGAGGGGACGAGCGGGGGGGAAGACGUCGUAGCUCCGAAUUACCAAACAUCGGCGCUACCGGCGUGGCACGUGAGCGAAACGCGCACGGACGCACGAGAGACUCACGUUAACGCGGAUUUUGUAAACAUAAACAUGGUGUCAUCGACGCAAAACAACAUCAAGAUCAUCGACGAGUGCGCGCGUAAGAAAACGAGUGUAAACAACGACGGGAAUGAACCCGCACAACCGACGUCCUCGGUUAACGUUGCGGUUAACAAACUUUUUAAUUUGCAACGUAAACCGGUUGUGGAACUGACGAAGAUGAAGGAGGUCGAGAAUUUGUUGCUUCAAAAGAAAAGUGGUGCUGGAAGAUGUGAGAAAAAAUACGGCUCGAAGGAGCAGCGCGAUGGACACAAGCGUGGUGCCGAUUCCGCUCUGCACCGAUUGAAGGACAAGUUGUCAAUGAAGAAUCGUUCGGGCAAGACGAGCGAGGACAGUUUGAUGAAGAAGCUCAAAGACAUGAAAAAAUCGAAAACGCCGGGCGGUAACGCGAGAGAAACGAUACUGGCCAGAAUGUUGGAGAUCGACAUGAAGAUACACAACUUGAUGGUCGAAAAGCUCAAGUUGCACGAGUUGCUGCACGGCAACGACGCGUCGUUAACGGGAGUUAAUGACGCGUCGCGUUCCGUGGCGAACAACACCGCCGCGGUGACAUCGGUCAUCACCGCGAGAGAAAAUAAUACGAUGUCCGUCCAGUCUGGAACGUCGCCAAUAACACAAUUAUCACCGAACGCCGAGACGACAACAAACCGUGCCAAACAAGAUAAACACUCGUCGACGUCUUUAUCAAGACGAUCGUCUAGCAAGCAGAGAAAGAGAAACAUAUCUCACAGUUCCGAGGAAGAUGAGAUCGCGAACUUCACGCACAAGUCGAAAAUGCCCGUGAUCAAGUGGAAGAAGAAACCGCGAUUGGAACUGAAUAGCAGCAGAGGACGCAGGGAUGACGACGAGGACGACGAGGAUGACGACGUAAAGACCAAGGAAAAGGAAAAAAUGAACGCGAAAACGGAGCGGCGAGUCGCUCUGGCUCCUUCGCAGAAAAAACCUGACGAUCCGGUUGACAACAGGUCCAAGAAUAAUCAGGAGUCUGAAUCGAGUUCUGUUUUGGAUGUUCGCGACGCGCGAACGCAGGAACCCGCGGCGAAGAUCGACGAUAACGUCGUCGACAAGACGCCGCCCUCGACGUGCGCGAGCAAAAAUCUUACGCCGGACAAAACGAACGCGGACAAUCGUUCGGAGCGACCGAAUUCGGUCGAAAGGGAAGAGACCGAACAUGUAGACGUCGACAAGAGAAGCGAGACUCGAACGCCGAGCGAAUGCGCGAAGACGUGCUCGCGGCCGUCGAGCAGACAGGUGCACAGCACGCCGGAACCCAUAUAUACCGACGACAGCACCUGGGAUUCCAUGGUGCAGAACACCGUGUCGGAGACGCACGAGAAUCGCAAGACGAUAUCGCCUCUCGUUCUGCUCGACGAGUCGCUGAAGAAGGAAAUGGCCAAGUCGCGAAAGAUGAAGGCGAUGAUGCGCAAGAAGAAGAAGAAGCAACUGGACAUUUUUCUAAACUCGGUCAACAAACUGACGGAGGAGGAGGAGGAACUGCCACUGUCUUGUCUGUACAUAAGAAAGUUGCAGCAAAAGCGAGAUUUGCUCGACUCGCUCAGCGACAAGAAGAAGGACACGAAGGACCGGACGAAGAACUUGGACGAGGCGACAAACGCCGUUCAAACGGAUAAAGCGGAGGAGAAUCCGCAAGAGGAGAAUCCGCAAGAGGAGAAUCCGCAAGAGGAGAAUCCGCAAGAGGAUAAGCCACCUCAGCCGGAAGCGCCCGCUCCCAACGACAUCUCAACAUCUAACGUCUCUUCUGUGUUACAGCCGAGUCAUCAGUUUUGCAUCGACGCCGAAGCGAACGCCAAUUCGGAUUGGCCGUCAUCGGAGAAAGAGAACGUCGGUGAGGUUGCACCGCAGGAUAAUAACGAUGCUAACAGUAGCUCGGAUUAUGUUUUCAGAUCCGUGAGCCAGAACAGAGUCACCUUCCAAGACGAACGUAAUAUGGAGCCUGACAGCAGCGUGACACCGGAAGACACUUUAAUUGAAAAACAUUCCGCAGACAACGAGUUGAUCGAGAACUCGAGAACGCGAUCAGGCUCUAUGUCGCGCGAUGAUCGUUCCAAAGAUCGUAAUAAAAUUCCAGAUAUUAAAGUAUCUGUACCCAAAACACUAAUAGACGACGAUUUCAGCGUAAGAUUGUUGCAGAAAUUCAAGGAAACGGAGACCGGUGUUGAUUCUACGUCUUCGAGCGCGCUUCCGGCGAACGCUGAGAAGGUGGAAGAGAUUAAUAAACAAUCAGAGAUUAUAUUGGAGACUGAGACUAAGUCGACGGAUAAUAACAAGAGCGAAGAGGCGAAAGAGACGGAUUUGAUCGAGGAAGACAAAGACAAAAAUGAAGAUUCGGCAAAAGAUCCUAGUCCCGCUGUCGAGGAAAACACAUGCGCGUUGCAAGAAAAAGAGGCAACCGAUGAUGGUACGAAAGACGUGCCGUCCUCGGCGCAAUCGGUACAGCUCGAUUAUUCGGAACCUGAGAAGGAAACUAGUUCCACCGACAGCGUCGAAUCCAACGAGAAGAUGGAUCCAACGACGGACGCGGCGCGCGACUCGCACAACACGGAUGUUAUCGCAGAAGAGACGGAGCCGAAGAAAUCGGAUGCUGAAUCCGAACAGUCGUCAAACGACGACGCGAUCGCCACGAAACUGGACGAACAAAAUAUGGAAGUCGCAACUGCCGAGCAAGAGGAAAGGAUCGACUCCGAUGAUGUUCCCGCAUCGUCCGAGAAGAUUGUUCCAGAAAACAGCGGUGAUAUUGUUCCAGCUAGCGACGAGAAGAUAGACGAGACAGCUGAUACGCCCGUCGAGUCAACGUCUAGUCUAGAGUCGACUUCCGCUUCUUCGCUUAAAGAGAUCGGAAAAAACGAGGAAAUGAAUAAAAAGCCUCGUCGAAAGCAAGCGACGUCAGUGCCGACUCGAAGAAGCCACAGACAUAUCAGUGAGAACGUUAAGCUCACCAGAACGGGUUCUACCGAGAGCUCAGAGUCCAAGGGCAAAAUUUCGCGGAGAAAGAGAAAACACACCGAGUGGCAAAUGAUGAACUGCAAAGUGAAAGUGAUCGAUUGUAAAUAUACGUUUUUGAAACCGAACGUCAGUUCGAGACUUCUCGAAAAAUACGGAUUAAUUCACGUUAAUUCUUAUCCGUCUGAUUCUUACAAAUUACCCGCACAACGCGCCGUAUCGCACGGCGAUCAUCCCGCUUUGAUGGUCUCGGAAGACGAUUCUUCCCAGAGCGCGUCUUGCGACAAAGACAUAUCCGAACUUGAGGUUUUAGAGGAAAAGUUGAUUAAGAAAACUGGCGAUAGUAAUAUCGUUCAGGAACCUGCUUUGCACGCGGCGACGACCGACGAUCAGCAGGAAUCAAUGAGAAUACAAUAUAAUGAUCACACCGGUCCUAUUCUGGAUAUUAAGGUUUUUGAAAAUUCUUUUUUAGCGGCGAGCGAAGACGGCAAAAUAUACAGGUACAGUCGAACGUCCGACAGGAUAUUAAACAUCUACAAGGGUCAUAAAUCUGCAGUGACGUGUCUCCACAUUAACACCGACGCCAUGAACAAGAAGUUUGUGUAUUCCGGUUCAUUGGAUGGCAAUCUGCGUUGCUACAAUAUUAUGACUGGUGAAUUGAUGAAGAAUUCAGUGCAGAUAAACAGUGCCAUUCAGUGCAUGGACGAAGCUUGGGGAUUGAUUUUUAUUGGAACCAAGUCCGGAAAUGUUUCCCGUUUCAAUAUCAAAGCCGGUUGCAUCAAAGGAAGCAAUAUACACUUUUCGGAAAUGUCCGUGCUCGCGCUCAAGGCGACGAACGAGGGUUCGCGAAGAAUUCUCAUUGUGGCGUCCCGAAGUCAACCGAUAACGAUACGGGACGCACAGACCGGCUUAUUCCUUCGCACGAUUAGCAGUCAGAAAAAUCACACGGUUUACAGUUUGAUGCGCCAUCAGGGCUUGAUCUAUUGUGGUACAAGCAGCACGUCGAUAAACGUUUUUGAUUUCACGACUGGCGAGCAGACAAUUCAAUACAAAGCCGGCGUCGGCAUUGUGUGUAUGCGGCUGCACAAACAAUUGCUAUUCGCGGGAUGUUACGAUGGCAAUAUUUAUAUUUUUGAUACGAGGAAUCACAAAUUAGUGUGCACUAUACCAGGUCCGGGAAAUAUGCUGCUAAGUAUAGAAGUAAUAGAUAAUAAGAUUAUAGCAGGAAGUAAAGACAAACGUUUGCACUUGUGGCAAAUGCCGACCGAAGUAUGUGCCUUACUUUGAGAUUACGAGACAAAACUGUUCAAAGGAAUCAUCACUCGUGCCAGGUUUUCUACUCGUACAUUUCGCUUUUAAGAUAGACGUACUUUAGUUAAAGAGACAAAAAGACAAAUUUAGUUAAAGAGAGAGAAAAACAAUUAAAAUAGAGACUCUUUUCUGGUCUCUUCUAUUGUCGUGUAGCGAAGCGUUUUCUGCGAGAAAAUAACAGAAAUUAUACUGGAAUAAACAUUGUAGUACGUCUAGAUGCAUAUAUAUAUAUAUAUAUAUAUAUACAUAUAUACACAUGCAUAUAUAUACACAUAUGCAUAUAUAUGUAUAUAUCACAUGGCUGAAAGAUUGAUUGUGUAUAUCUGUGUCUUUAUCUCUUAAAUAGCUUUAGGCCAUUGUUAUGUUUAUUGUUUUACAUUCUUUAUCAUUAUCAUUUGAUAAUAUCAUCUUACAUACAGGGUGCUAAAAUGAUCAUUACGACUGGUACUACAUAUAGUACUAUACGACAGCGUGUACGAACUUUCUAAGAACUUUUAGUGAAAAAUCGUGUGUUGUUAAUUAAUAUCGCUUACUUUUAGCCGAUAGAGACUAGAUGAUCAUAAUGCUACACAUUAUAUAUAAUAUAGUACGUAUAUUAUAUAUAUAUAUACAUAUAUAUAUAUAUACAUAUAUACAUAUAUACAUAUAUAUAUAUAUAUGAAAAGUACAGUUGUAUUAAAGAUAUACAGUUACUGAAGACUAAGAAGAAAAAAUAGCUAAGCGUGCGAAGCGAAGAAUAAAUUUCUACUUUAUUCGAAAACGCGCGUUGCAAAAAUUUAAUCUAUGCGAAUGAGCAAUUUCUCACAAUAAGCAAUUGCAAUAAUGUUCUUUAAAAACAUGAGACUGGAAUAGUAAUACUUCACGAUAGUUAAAUAUGAAUUUCGUAACUCUAACGGUGUAUAUCUGUGUGUGCGUGUACACAUUUGUAACAUGAUAUUUCGUUUUUAUUAUCAUGCAAAAGAUCUGCUAUAUCGUGUUCCUACGAGACGUUAUGAGACUCUACCGUACGUACAUCGCAAUAUCGUAUCAUUUUUUUUUUCUUUAAUAUUGGAUUGGUCAGAAAGUCUUUUCGUAUUUCAAUACGAAAAGACUGACCAAUUUCAAUACGUUUACAUUAUAAUUUAUAAUUUAUAUAAUUGUGUUUAUACGUGUAUAAAUAUAUUAUAUUUUUUUCACAUUUUUUCCUCACGUAAUUUGUUACACGCACGGUAUCAACACACACAUACACAUAUAUAUAUUUAUAUAUCUAUAUAUAUAUAUAUCUUGCUGCAAUUAAAACAUCUGUUGUAAAUAAGAAACUGUACCAAAAAAACACUAUGUGACAAGCCACACAUGUGAUAUAAUUAACAAACAAAAAAAAGACACGCGAAAUCAAAGUGAUAUUCGUGUUGUGUAUAUGCGUGCGCUAUAAAGAAUCACAUAAGUUUAUAUAUUACUUAAUCAAAUAAGUAUCAUUAAUCGUUAUUACAUUGUGUACUUAUCGACUGGAUGUACAUAUUCAAUAUUGUCAACACCAAAACUGUCUCAUAAUAAUAUUGUAUUUAUAAACGUACGCAGUAUACACUUGCUGUCUAUACAUAUAUAUACACAUAUAUAUAUUUAUGCGAAAGCUGUGGGAGAUAUAUAUUGUUAGGAUAUUACUUAGGAUAACGAUAUUUGAUACCUUUCUUCGUACGUAAAGUUUUCGAUUAGGAUAAUACACACACACAUACACACACACACAUAUAUAUAUAUACGCGUUGUAUGUAUAUAUUUUCUGUUGUUUUUACACAUGAGUUGCAGACGAGAUGUCACGGAUGUACGCAAGACGAAAAAGAUUUCCACACACACAUAGUUCCUUAUUUCUUUUAUUAUAUAAUUUUUUUCUUUGUUUUAAAAACAUUCAAUGUUUAGAACUUGUAAAGACAUCGUUGGCACGGGAUAACAUGUGCACAAAGUGAAUAAAAUAUAUAUAUAUACAUACAUAUAUAUAUAUAUAUAUUUUUCGUAUUCACAUAAAAAUUUA